AUGUUUACAUAUUUAGAAUUAGAAAAUGCAAGAUUAGAAAAUAAAGUAAAAAAAUAAAUGUUUAUUGACAAAUAUAAUGAUUAAAUGAUAGUGAAUUAAUUAUCAGGGGUUAAGUAAGCCAAUAUUAAAGUAGUAACAAGAAAAUCUGGAAUGAAUUAAGUUUCUUAGAUACCUACGUCUUAAAAUUAAUCUUCAAAUGAAGUUUAGUAGUCAUAAGUAUCUCAAAGAAUACAAAUUUCUUAAUCUUAAAUUUAAAACUAUUAAAGUCUUGAUAAAAAGUAAAUUAACAAUUAUAUUAACUUAGCUAUUAGACUUAAAAAUAAUGA